AUGAAUUAAGAGGUAAUAAGUAACCAGGGUUAAGGCAUAUAGGCAUCCCCACCUUAAAACUUACUAUUCUCAAAUAAAAUAAUUUUAGAAAGCAAUGCUCAUAAAGAAUAGGAGUAAAGUUAACAUCAAUAAAUGCAACUCUAUUAAUUGUAGAAAAAUUCUUCAGAUUUGACAAAAAGCUUUGCCUAAAAUUAAAAUUUACACUAACGAUAAAUGAAAUUUUCAGCUUCAUGCAAAAAUUAAUUAAAUUAAGCAAUUAGAAUAAGUAGUGAAAGUGAUGAAGAUGAAGAGGAUGAUUUAAAUUUUUAGAAUAACAAUUACUUUUAGAGAAGAUUUCUACCUGCUAGGAGUAGUGAUAUAUUAUAAACUGUUUUUAAGGUAGAAGACAAAGAAAAAUAAAACACCACUCAAUCAUAGAAAUUUUUACUUGCAUAAAACUAUGAGUGGUCACAAUAAUACAGCUAAAAUGAGCAAAGAUUAUUGCAAACCUAUUAAAACAACAUAAACAUCUUUAAUUAGAACCGUAAUCCUUCUAUAAGUGUGUUGUUUGAAAACGAAGUAAUAAAUUCAAGAAUUACAGAAAGUAGAAGUAAUCACAAUAAAUCUUAAAAUACUCCAAAAAGUGUUUUCAAAAAUUUUUAAGACUGUGAUUUUGGAGUUAUGAGUGUAGAAAUAGCAAACAAAAACAAGUACAGAGAUUUCCAUAAAUUAGAAAGGUAAUUAAAUUUUAACAAUAAAAUACUUAACGAUAAAACUAACUCAUUUCACUUCAAAAGAAGUUAAGAAAGCAGAUUGUAGAAUUAUAACAUCAACCAAUAAAAUAUUACUUAAAAUACUCAAAAGUAAGAAUAAACUCCUAAAAAAAUAGCUCAAAAUUUAGUAAAGAGCUAGUCUUCUUUGAAUUUAUCACCUCAAGUAAAUUCACAUUUAGAAGAAAACAAUUAAUUUUGUAAUUUAAACUAAGCCAUAUUCAGUAGCAUAAAAAAUACAAAGUCUAAUAUUCAUUAAGAUAAUCCUUAGAAGAUGCAACAAUUUUCCAGUCCUCAAUAUUAAAAAUAAAUUUCAUACAUUUAGGGAAUAAGAAAAAUGAGCAUGGAAUAUUUAAAGAAGACCUAAGAAAAGAGUAUAUAAAAGAUCUUAGAAAAUAACUUUGCUGAUAAUUAAUAAAAUAUUGAAUAGAUAAAUAAGAAGGACCAUUAGGAUAUUAAUGAUGAUCUUUAAUAAAGUAUUGAACUUUAAGAUUAAAAAUGUAUUAAUUUGUAAAAUAUCUCUUCAUAAACAUAAUGCCAAUCAAUUAACUAAAUUAGCAAGUAAACCUAUUAAAACUAUUUUAAUGUCUCAUAAGCUAAAAGCAAUAAGCAAUAAGGAAUUUAACAUCCUUAAAAAUAUAUUUAAAAUUAUUAACAAUAGCAAUAAGCAUUAUAAUUUUACCAUCAGUAAUACAAUAAAGUUAAUCUCAACAAAAUGCUAAGUAAAAAAGUAGAUGAAUAAAAUAGACAUUAAUUCAUAAUGCAAUAUGAAACUAUCAUGAAUUAAUUUUAUGGCAAAAAGGAAUAGAAGGGUAGCAGCUUAUAACCUGCUGUUCAAAAAUAAAUAAUUGAUUCUUAAAAUUAAAAUUAAAAAUAAGAUUUAAAGCAUACUAAUUUAUUAGAAACGAAUUAACAAAUAUAACAAUAAGCCAAUUAAAAAUCUGUUCGCAUCUAAAAUUUUCAAUAAUAAGACAUAGUUUUACCCUAAAACAAUCAUGAUAAAUUAAAUUUAUAAAAGAAUUUUAAUCAACUAAUUUAUUAAAGUAGCUAAAAUCCUUUGGAGUAGGCUAAAGACUGUGGUAAAACCCCAAAAAUUAAACCUAAACUUAUUCGAAAUGAAUUAUUUGACUUAUCCCUGAACAGUGAUUUUAGUCUACAAAGCUAGAAAUCUCUGGUUUCGUCUGUAAAGAAUAGCAAAAGCAAAAAUAUAAGAACGAUUUUUUCUGUAAUUAAAACUAACUCAUCAAAAGGAGAUAAGAAAAUUGAGUACUAUAAUUUGUAAUAAAUUUUCAAACAAAACUAAACGAUGAAAUAAAACAAGAGUCAAGGAUUGCUGAUUACUUAAAAUAAAAACGAAACAGAUAGCUUCAAUAAUAAUUUUGAUAGCAAUAAUAUUUUGGUGGAUGACUAGUUUUUGUAAGAGAAUCAGUUAAAGUCUACAUAAAAUAAGCUUUAUAAAAAUUAGUAUCAUUCAAAUUCUAUAAACAAUAAUAGUAAAAAAAUAAAAUAAAUGGAUAAAUUAUCAGUAACACAAUCAAAUUUAGGUGCCAAGUAAAGCUAAUGUUGCUAAACAGACAUGGAAUCUGCACAAGAAAAAUAUCUUCUAAAUUCACCAGGGCGUAACUAAAAUUUAACUGAUAGAUCUCCAAAUUAAGUAAUUACCUAAUAAAGAUUAUAUACAGAAAAUCAAAGCAAAUCUAAUAAUUUAUCUGAAAUGAUUAUCAAUUCUACAUUUAUGAAUGGUUCGAAUUUCACAGUUAUAAAUUUGUAAAGCAAAAAGGAUUAAAAAUCUCAACUUAAUGAAGACAGCAAUUUACUUAACCAUUUAGAAAAUAGAUUCAAUAGAAAAUAAAGCUUUUUGCAAUCAAAUCUUAAACUGAUUACUUCGUAGACUUCUUAUAGUCCUAGUAAUGCUAAUAUUAUAUCUAAAUUUUCAAAUAAUAAAAUAAAUAGUAAAUUAAAUCAAAGUCAGAAAAAUAAUAUAAAUUACUAAAUCAAAGAAAGUUUAUCUUAAAAUAAUAUGAUUUCGCAAGCAAACAAAAAUCAUAUUAACUUAUCUCCUAAAAACCAAUCUUAAGAAGAUUUGUAAAAAAAUUAAAAAAAUUUUAGUUAAAAGUUUUUAAGUAAUGGAGAUAAAAACAAAAAUAAUAGCUUAUACUUAAAUAAAUUUUCUUAAAUUUUAAAUUCUAUAAAUGCAAAUGCAGAAUCAUAAGCUAAAAAUGUUUACAUAGAAAAUGUUUUAGAUUAAAAAUAGUAAUAAAACUAGUAAUAGCAAUUAAAUAAACGUUAAGUAAAAGAACUUUAACUCAGUUUACUUUCUAAGACUGAGUAAUAGCUCUAACAUUCAUGA